AAUAACUGAUUGUAUGUAAAUUGCAUCAUGUACGUAUGCAUGUAUAAAGAAACGUUACAUAAUUUAAAGAUCAUAAAAUUUUAUGUUACUGCCCUCUGAACUCUCAUAAUUCAUAUAGUACAUAUAUAAAUGUCAAUGACAAAGAAAUUUCCACAUUUCAGUGUUUUUAUAAAGAAAAAAGUCCAUAUUUGAAAGUCAAUUCGAUACAGGUGAAUAUUUACAUGUAGCAUGGACGGUUGAAAGCACAUGAUAAUGUAUAUUCAAACUAGCACGGUGUGUAAAUAAAUGAAACGAAGUUUAUCAGAAUGACAUCGACUAAAGAGUUAUUAAGAACUGGUUUCCAUAGUAUCUGGAGACCACAUAAUGGAAAGCUGAGCCAUUUAACAGAUAUACCACGAGAAAAACAGUAUAUGGAAUACGGAAACUUAGCAACUGUUAUGCAUCUCGAUACAUCACUCAAGUGCUUCAGAAAUGAAAAAUUAGAAGCAAAAAGAUAUAAAGAGUUUUCUGUUCUUGAAUCAAAAGAUAUCAAUGCUGUGUGUUUUUACUGCGACGGUUCAAAUUCCGAAAAUGAAGAUUUCGACAAUAAUACUUUUCACAACCAAUCCUUGCACGGAGGUGUCAAGUUUAUGGUUGACGCCAAACAUAUGUUGAACGAGGUCUCAAACUGGAAUAUUUAUUUCAUUGAAGUAAUAGACAUGGAUUUUUAUUCUGUUGCAAGACUUUUAAUAACUACUGCGCGAUACGAAACUUUUCCUAAGCUUGAUAUCUAUACUAGAAAUGCUCCUUUAUAUCACGACAAAAAUAAACUUUACUGCUUAACUUGUCAUGAGAAUUACAAUGGAAAGAUAGUUAAAUAUGUUGUUGAAAUAAUAAUUGAAGACGAGGUAUUGACAAAAACUCUUUUUUGGAACGAAUUGACUGUUUCCGUCAUUAAGCAUGAGGGGCACCGACGAUUCAAAUGUAAAAGAGUGUUAGAUCGAGAUAAAAGUAUGUGCAUGCUUGUAUCUAAAGAGGACUGUUUGGCAGGAAUAAUUGCAUGGAUGUUAGUACGUAAACGUCUUAAUGUUUAUAGAAAAUUCGAUUAUACUACUAAACGUCGUUUGUCAGCCAUUCAUUCAGUUAUAAAGACUAAAUAUCCUCCUAGGAUUCCAGUCUCAGAUGACGACGAUUCACAGAUGAGUAUUAGUGAUAUUGAAUUUGAGAGUGAGAAUAGUAGCAUUAAUACAGAGAACAGUCUACAUUUUGAUAUGGAUACUAAACUAAAUGCUGUUUGCGAUUAUAUAGCAUAUACGUUUUAUUUCUCAAAUAGUUCAGUAGACGUAACAUCGCUGCAGUGUGCACUCGAAAAUUGUGAUAUGAAUGUAACUUUUCCCACAAAGACUGAAAUAAUGGCUUGUUUAGUUUUAGUUCUGAAGUCUAUAAAUGACCCCCUUUUAUUAUACCAGGAAGAAAAUCGACGAAAAAUACUUCUUGGUAUGAUUCCGUGUGUAAAAUUCAUUAAACAAAAGUACCAGUCACUUCCAGAAUGUAAACACGAAUGGUGUGUACAUGACGACUAUAUAAAAUGCCCUGAUGUUGAACGCACGCUUUACGGAUACCUUUUGUUCACUUUAGAACGGUGGCAAAAAGAAGACCAUCAGAUUUAUGUUAGAGAAGACAAGACAUAAUACAUAUCGCUAUAAAUUACAUUUUUCAAACGGUCGUACAUAUAUACUGUAUACACUAUAAUGUGAUUCAAACAAAUUCUAAACAUUUCAAUCAAUUGUUGUUGCUACCUUUUAGAAAUAAUUAUAGCAAAAACGUUUUUAAAUGUAAACAUUUUAAACUAUCGUUACAAUAUAUACAUUCAAUGUUUACAGUGAACAUCGGGAAAGAUUCCUGGUACGUUAUCAUAUCUUUAAAAUUGUUUUAAUAUAUCUUGGUAUUUUCUCCAUAUUUUAUAAGACCUUUACAUGAAAUAUUUGUCAUAAAUAGUUUUGAAAUAUCAA